ACCAAAAGACCAACUAUGGCUAAUUUCAGUCAGGUUUCCCAUUUCACCCUUGGAGCCUACUUCGACACCGGGCCUCUGAAAUGGUUGUAUUUUGUCAUUAUAUUGGCCGUGUAUGUUCUGAUCGUUCUUUCCAACCUGCUCCUCAUCGUCGUCAUCUGUCUGAACAGGACUCUGCACGAGCCCAUGUACUUGUUUCUCUGUAGUUUAUUUGUGAACGAACUUUACGGCAGCACGGCUUUGUUCCCGUUUCUCCUGCUUCAGAUUCUCAAAGAUCUCCACACGAUUCCAGCUCCGUUUUGCUUCCUUCAAAUCUUCUGUAUCUUUUCUUACGGACACGUAGAGUUUCUCACGUUGGCCGUCAUGUCGUACGACCGAUAUUUGGCGAUUUGCUUCCCUCUGCAGUACCAUUCAAACAUGACCCACGCUAAAGUUUUCAUCCUCAUUGCUUUGACGUGGCUCUUGUUAUUUUUAGCGAUCUUGAUUUUGAUUUCUCUCAGCGCGCCUUUACCUUUGUGUGGAAAUGUUAUAAACAAAGUGUACUGCGAUAACUACUCUGUCGUCAAGCUGGCCUGUUUUGACACCACCGUUAACAAUAUAUACGGGCUCAUCCAGUUGUUCCUCAUCACCGUGUUGCCAUCAAGUCUGAUUCUUUUUACGUAUUUUCGUAUUUUUAAAGUGUGUUUCCGGGGCUCGAAGCAGACGCAGCAGAAAGCCAUCACCACCUGCACGCCUCACCUCGCCUCGCUGCUUAAUUUCUCUUUUGGGGUCAGUUUUGAAAUCAUUCAGAGCAGGUUUAAUAUGAGUUCUGUCCCAAAUCUGCUCCGAAUUAUACUGUCUUUGUACUUUUUAACCGUGCAGCCGCUGUUUAACCCUGUGAUGUACGGACUGAAAAUGUCCAAGAUACGGAGCUCGUGUAGAAAGACGCUUUUGGGUAAACUUGUUUUCUAA